GGUACGUGAGCUACCCUGAGCCUGACAUGAUGGCGUUCGACGUCGUCUUCACAAUCAACCUGCGGCGACGACCCGAGCGGCGGCGGAGGAUGGUCGACUGCUUCCGCGAGCUCGGCGUCCGCUCGGUCGUCGUCGAUGCAGUCGACGGUCGGUGAGUGGUUUGCACGCUUUGGUUCACGUUCAUGAAGCAUGGUCAUGUGUAGUCCGCAGGCUCCGCAUGAAUACAGGAGAGGCCUAUGACGAUGGGGGAAGUCGGCUGCUUCCUCAGUCACUACAAAAUCUGGAAACAGGUGGUGGAGCAGGGCUACAGCCGCGUCAUGGUGCUGGAGGACGACAUCCGGUUCGAGCCCUUCUUCCGGCAGAAGGUGGCGGGCCUGCUGGCGGAGCUGCGCGACCUGUCGCUGCGCUGGGACCUGGUGUACCUGGGCAGGAAGCGGCUGCAGGAGUCGGACGAGCCCUGGGUGGAGGGCUCGCGCUACCUGGUGUGGGCGGGCUACUCCUACUGGACGCUGGGCUACUUGCUGUCGCACAGCGGCGCCCGCAAGCUGCUGGCCGCCGAGCCGCUCGACCACCUGGUGCCCGUGGACGAGUACCUGCCCAUCAUGUUCGACAAGCACCCGCAGGAGUCCUGGAAGAAGCACUUCCCAAAGAGGGACCUGGUGGCUUAUUCUGCUGCUCCUCUGCUCAUCUACCCGACGCACUACACGGGGGAGAAGGGCUACGUGAGCGACACGGAGGACUCUCAGGUCCUCUCCAAGGACCCUGUCUCUUCUCCGAACAGGGACGAUCUCUGAACGACUGAUCACCUUGUACCACCUCUCCACAAGACCACAAGACUUGUGUGAGAGAGAGAAAACACAGAAGUGUGAUGCAAAGUGCAAUUUUACUGCACUGCUUCUUGUUCUCUUUGCUGACAGAUUGCAUUAGUUCAUAUAUACAAGACUGCCUUUGAGAGCAUUUGGAUACACCUUAAAGGAACAAAAAUUGCCUUCAUGUUAAAAGUAAAAACUAUUUUCUUAUCCUGUUUACAAAUCAAAAAGGUUCUAUGACAUGAAGCAGGAAAUGUAACUUACCCUAAAAGAAGCUUUUUUUUUUUCUUCUUGCACUUUGCAUUUAAAUUGAAUUUAUUUCUGUACCUAGUAUCUCAUAAAGAUUAAGAUAAGUUUAGAGUGGAUUACUUGAGAAUGUGUAAGAUGAAGAGGAAGAACCAGUCUCCAAUGUUGACUCUGAAUUUCAACAAGUUGCAUUUGUGUCUAUUCAGAACUAUUUUAAAUGUUUAAUAGUUCAUGCAUUAGCCUUAAAAAUGUUGUUUUUAAGGUAUUUUUUUUCCUUUUAUUCAUUAAAGAAUAUAAGUUCAGUAUCAUAGGGUUGUGCAUAUAUUAAUAUUAUUAAAUAUAAGCAAUAGUUGAAAAAGUUUGUUUAAAUGAACCUAAAACAAAAAAUAAUUUGUUAUGAUUGCUCUCUAAUAGAAAUUAAUCGCUAGACUUUGAGAGGAUCUUUUUUCUUAAGGAAAUUACAUGUAAAUACACAAUAAUUUCAUUCUGGUUAAGACAAAAAACACUUAAAGGAGAAAAUUAUAUUAAGUUACAAGUUAAAUAUCAUUGUUAUUUUAAAAUACAUUUUUCAAAUCUAAAUUUUAAAAUCACAAAUUUUUAUGAUACCAAAAUAUAAAGCAAAAAUUAUUUCACAUUUGCGAAUGACCAUAGUUAAAUUUUAACUAAUAUUUAAUUUAGAAUUUUUUUGUUCCAAAUAUCAUCUUUUAUUUUAGAUCAUCUCACAGUUGAAGUCACCGUAUAAUCAUAUUUGUCUUAUAGAGUUGAAGUUUUAUAUUUCUGAUCAUCACAUAAUUAGGAUGAUCUUUUGGAAGUCAUUCGAUAAGACAGGAUGGAUUCAAUGCUUAACAUUUUAGACCUGAUAUUGAUAGUGUUAAAUACUGUACUCAUUUUUUAUUAGGGUAUUAUGCAACUGACACCCAACAGCACAUAAAUUCAUAUAAAGAAAUGAUAUACUAGUCUUUCAGUACUCGCCAGUAAUGUGUAAUAUCUGCUAUCGCUUGGGGUUUAAUACUAAUUUUAUCAAAACAUAUUGUUAUGUCAUGAGCGCCACCACAUGGAAUACUGGUUAUGUGGACCCAGCAGCUCUCGUCUCAGGGCCGUGACAUCACACAUUGUAGCGAGGCCUGUACCCCCCCCAAUUUAUAAGAAAGCACUUAUAACAAAACUACGUCCACUCUCAGCAGUGUACAUGCUAUAUUAAGUACGGUGGUAUGCUAAGCAGGCUCUCGGAGGCGGCCUUCACACCUCAAGUCUCCAUGCGGUCGCUCACGUCAAAGAAACAAUUAUUCUUAUUUCGAGUUUUAUAUCCGGUAUACUUUUGUUCUCCCUAUACAUCAUGUUACACUAUUUCAAAGCCUGCGGCACGAAUCAGUUUGAGGGUUUGGUCCAGGAAACCACAUGUGCUGAAUAAGUUAGAGUUCGUAAUACAUGACAAAGUUUAAUUAAUGAAUAAAAAAUAGUAAUGAUGUCAAACAGUCUACCACCCGAGGUAAGCCCUGAAGUUUCGUAAAAGCGACUUAUAUUUAUUAAGUGAACAGAUGUACGUGGAUCAGUGAUUACAAAAUUGAAGACGACGGGUGAGCGGAGCUCCUUACCUUGGGUAGCGGCGGUGACAGACUGGACUCCUCUCAGCGCGCCCUAGAGGCAGGUCACCUGCCCGUUCCCAGCCUGGGACCGUUACAUAUAUUUUGAAAGCAUGCCACCAGAAAAAGGAAUGACUUCAUACAACCCUUAUUUAAAUAUAGCCUAAUGGCUGUAAACAAUAAUAUUGGUUAACUAAACUAUUUAAAACAUACUAAAUAUUAUAACUGGUCCACUUCAUGACUCGUUCGGCCGUGGCACAUUUAUACAGUAUAUUUUAAAAGUACCCUUCUUGAGGUGGACACUCCAUCCGCUAUAACAUAAAACACUUGUGACCAAAAUAAAACAAGUUACAUGUUAAUUUAAUUACUUAAAUACGGGAGCGGAGCACUGAGAUUAUCACGCCCUCUAGCUGUAGUUUGUGGGUGGCGCGCUGUUAAAACACACUUACACAUACACACGUACGGCGGGCUGUUUGAGACAGAGGGUGAUGGUGAGAGGAGAAGGAGGCUUGAAGCGGCAAGACACAUCGGGCUUAAGGGAAGGCGUAGCCCUGGACGAUGUCAUAUCUAACCUCGGUAAUAAACAAAUUCAUGUGUUCUCAUGUUGCAAAUACAACUUACAAUACGAAACUCGGGCCUCUGACACAAAAUGUAACUCAGAAUUUUUUAAAAAUAAUGCAAAGCAUGAUAAGUAUACGCAAUAUGUUUUUGAAGUGAAUCUCACGUACUUUCUACACCCGCCGCUAGAAUUUGCUGCCAGAAUCGCAAAAGUGGCUUGCUACCAUGACACGCAAAGGGCAACAUGUUCGCUGCGUCGACUAUCGAACCAUUUGAUAAGCAUGCAGAAAUUUUAAACUACUAUGCAAUGGCUCUGAUAAAUAGGAGAAACUAGAAAUAUACUAACCCUGGCUGUGGACCUGAUUUUCAACAAGGAAUUUUAUUAUAAUACUACCCAUCUUGUUAAAAUUCAUUAAAUAGUUAAUCCAAUAACGUUUAUGUUUAUUAUUGUGAUUUUUGGUUCCUGCUGCCACCCACCAUAACUGACAACAGCAAUGUCCUGUUACACAUUUUCAUCAUGUGCAUGAAGUUACUCCCACCACAUGCUGUAUACUGAGAGAUAAGACGUUACACAGUAAUUAUCUUUACACCUCUUGAAUAUUGAUAUAACACUCACAUUUUUAUUUCAUUGACGUUCACCAAGAGAAUUUAUCAUAAUAAAAAAUCUUCAAAUUCUUCGAAAUCAUUACCACUACCUCAUAUUUGCACAACCCUAACAAAUAAUUAAAAUAAUAUUUUUAACUGUGAUUAUACUUUACAGUGUCUAGAAAGUAACAUUUGAAAACUGUCAUUAUUUUCUAAAAAUUACAUCAUGGAUGAAAGAAAGCAGAUCUUUCAUUUUUUUUACUGCGAUUUACCAAUGUCCAUAUACAUUCUCACAAUGUUCAUAUUUCUUUAAUUAAUGCUUUUAAUAUUUUAGUUAAUAAAUCCACAAUUCCAGGUGAAGUAUUAGAGCUACUGUUCAGAGAACUUUAUAUUGAUCUAUAUUUAAGUAUGGAAGGUAUGUUAUGCUGAUUAGUUGUGAUAAAUUAAGAUUUUUGUGAUACCUUUACCAUUUUGAUUAAUAUGAAACAGUUCUAAAGUAGGAUUGUGGUUAAGAUUUGUUUGUAAAUCUUUGUAAAAGAAAAAUGGGUGCUAAUAGCUUACUUUAUAUUUCUCAGCUCUAGCUAUAACAAAUAAGGUUGUUACCUAAAAUUUUCACUUGUGAUUAGAAUAUGUGCCAUAAUCUGCCAUAAUUAAUACUUAUUAUAAUAUAUUAUCUGUGGUUCUGCUGAGCAGAGAUUUUGUUAAGUGAACAGUUGGUUACUGAAGGAUGAUGGAUUUUUGGUGAGUAUAAGCCUGGUUUCAAAAUGAACAUAAAUAUGUAUCAGCAGUAAAUACUUUCACCAACAAUUUGGGCUUUUCUAUGAGUGAGCAUAUUAAUUACCUACUAUCAUGAACCUGAAUCCUAUUCAUGUUUAGAUGGCUGGAAAUCCUCAAAGUAGUUUGUAGUUUUUAACAUCUAACUGAAAAAAAGUUACACAGUUAAUAAGUAUUGCAGUACAGACAUGAAUCCACUUCCUUGGGAUCAACCUUUUUCACCUCCAAAAUGAAAUAUCAUUGAACUUAGGUGUCUUUAAGGACUUGUUAGUAAUAUGUUGUAAUAAUAUUAAAACUUCUAUCAGUCUUUAUAUUUCUGUUGAAUGUUUUAAUAUAUUAUUUACCAUUUUCUCUACAUUAUAUUUUUCCAAAAAUAUUUUUUUUUGUGAAACUGAUAUUUUGUCUUAAUAUUGUUGUUAUUUUGAAGUAAAAAUGACAUCAGCACCAAAAAAUUCAUGAAAAUUAUUCUGAAUGCCUACUUAUUGAAAUAAGGUAACUUACAAUAUGACAAUACUUAGCAGUAAUGUCAUAAUUUUUUUAAAUUUAUUUAAGAUAUAUUACUAAUUUUCUCUCCAGUUAACCAUUAACACACAUAAAAUACCAUAUUUAAAUCAAUCAAGAUGGUACAUCAACAGUAGAAAACCUUUUUUAUUGUAAUCUUACAAAACAAAGAUAUCCUAACCAUUCAUAGCUAUUUGCUUGGUGUCUUCAUUCAGUUUGUUUUUUCUCCUACAUGUAAAGGAAUGAACAAAUCUAACCAAGCAAAUAACCUUUUUCAGUUUGUUUUUUUCUCUUACAUGUACAGAAAUGAACAAAUCUAACCAAGCAAAUAACCUUUUUAACAUACAUAGUUCUGCUUCUACUAAAAAAAAAGAGAACAAAACUAAAGAAAAAAUACUUAACAUAUUACUAUAGUUAAAAAUAUACUAUUUAGACUGAUUUUAUUUUUGCACUUGAACAUUUUAAAUCUUAAUACAUUAAGCUAAGUAGAAAGUUUGCACAGUAUGUUGCAGAAAAUGUUAUUUCAAUAAAAUAGUUUAAAAUUAAAAUAUGUCAAAGUGCCUUCUUGUAUUUGAUCUGUGUGUUUAAAUUCUAGUUUUUAGUAUCAAAAUUUCCUGCAUCAGCACCAAGUGCUAGUCUCAACUUUUCUUCAAGCGACAAAAAUGUUUGCGAUUCUUAUUUUUUACUUUAACUUCAUCAAUUAUUCUGCUGUUUUAAGUAUGGCAGCAGUGGAAUUUUAUGCCCUCAUUGUAACAACCAGCUGGUGUACCUUUGUGGAAGAGUUUAUCUAGUAGUUACUGUUAUUUCUAAAAUUUUAAUUUGUUUUAUAAUAUUUCUGACAAGGUAGAUUUGUCUGAUGCAGGUAAACAUACAACUAGCUUGCCAUAUGCCUGCACGCUGUUUUAAGUUAGAUUUUUUACAUAUGUAUUGCAAGUUGUUACAAUUUUUAAUUACUGUAGUUAUGAACAUUCUGUAUCUGUAACUGUGCCAUGAUGUUUAUUUAGAAGAGACUACAUACUGUCAAAUGAAUAUAUAUAGUAUACGUCUUUAGAGAAAAUGUAUCUAGUACAGGAUUAUAGAUUGAUUGUAACUGUAGUUGAGAAACAAGUCAUUUAAAAAAAAAUUACAUAGUUAUGUAAAUAAUAAAAUUAAGUAUUAAACAAAACUACAAUCAAAAGCAACUCAUUUAUGUGAAGAAGACAUUUUUCAUAGGUAUUACCAUAAACAUAAAUGAUACUGAACUCCAUUACUAGCAGUUGCGACAAAUACAGUUACAAAGGAAAGAUAUUUUUAUAGAAAUGUUUCACAAUGUUAAAAUGUGUUUUAUUGAGUUAUUUGAUCAAUAUGUACAUGUAGGUAUUUUACACAAAAUUAUUUGUUGAUUAAUGUUGAUUAAGUUUUUUGUUAAGUGAUUUAUAAAUAAAAUGAAAAUGUCAUUACUAGCAUUGUCCUUUUACAUGAAAAUUUUCCAUUCUGAAAAAUAUUUAGUUUAUCUUCUAUGCUCUGUUGCAGUAAAAAUGUGUGCUUAAAGUUAACUGAUUUGUGUCACAAGUUAUAAUGGAAGAGAAAAAGGUCUGUGCUCAUUUUUCACCUACGCAAAGCAUUGCUUGGAGAAAGAUUGUUGGUUGGCCUUACAGCUUUCUUCACCCACUCGAACCAUAUCUAGGGAAAACUUUCAGGAGCAGGAUUCAUCACAGAUUAACCUGACGAAAUGGCCUCUGGAUCCUUAUUUGUUCUGGUACACAUCCUUUAUUACUUAUUAGUUACACAUAUGUUCACUAAAGAUCUCAAAGUCUGGUUCAGGUGAUUACCUUUAACUUACUACAGUAUAUGUGAAGUUUAUUAAAAGAAUAUCACAAUUUGCAUUUAAAAUGUCGACAAUCACAAUACAUGAUGGAAAAUAAAAACCUUGUACAAUAGAACCUUUAUUAACCAGGGUAAUUUUGGUUUGGGAGGGGGGGGGGGGGGGGGUUCAGCACGGAUAAGCGAAAAUCACUGGCAAUCAAAUUCAAAUGUAUUUAGGUUAUACAAUACAAAACAAAUGUAUAAGUAUUACUGACACUAAUUAUUAUUUUUUUAAAAAUAUGUAUGAAUGAAAUUAUUUGUAAUGACCUAUAAUACACAGUUUCAAUGAAAAAUACAAAUUAUAUUUACAUUUCGAUAUGCAUCGGUACAUGAAAUACACUUCGCGGGCUUGUUCUCUCCUCCUCUCCCCCCCCCCCCCCCCCCCCACCCCCAAGAAGUUUAAUUUUUAAUUAAGAACCCGGUUAACAGAAUGCCCAGUUAAUCAGGUCACUGAUAAUCAAGGUUCUACUGUAAUUACGUAAUUUUAGUAAAGUGUGAAAAUGAAGCAAAUAUUUUUUUACAUUUAACCAUGCAUACCACAACCCUAAAAAUGAUUGUGAGCAACAGCUGUUUGGAAUUAUUGUAAAAAGUAUGUAUGCAUGUACUUUAGUAACUUAAGAAGUUCAUGUAAAUAGUGUAGCCAAGAUAAUUUUAUACGGAGGGGUGUUAUAGCAAACGGGGGCUUUAUUUGCCUUUACACUUGGUAUUUGCAUACAUAUGGAUAAAUGAAGGGAUAAACAUUUUCACAGCUUCAGUUACCCAGCUAGUAGUCCGUCUUUUUGAACCAGAGCUGAUGUAAUUUUAUUAAAUGUUUUAUUUUGAUUGAGGUGUACGUGAUAUGUUUAUUCUGUUGUUGCUGGGUUUACUUAUGGUCUUUGCAACCUUCAGGGCAUGGUCAAUAAACUUUAACCCAUUUGCCAAAGUGAUGCAAAUAUGCAUGGGUUUAAUGCUAGCUUCACAAAAUUGAUUUUUAAAACCGUACAGUCUCUCAUCACAUGUGAGUCAUUACAGAUUUUAGGAGAGAAAUAAAGUGUUAUGGAGCCUGACCCUCUCCCUUGCAACCUUCUCCUGGCUAUGUAACUAGUAUUGCUGAAAUCACAACAGCGCGACAGCGUGCUGCGUAUGACACGUGACAGAAAAAUAUAGCGUUAUUGUUAUUGGAAUAUGCGGUUAUCACUCAUGAAAAACAAAAUUAGACGAUUGUUUCUAUCACACACACACACAACAUACAUGCCACAGCCAUCAAAGCUUAAAUGUUUUGUUAAUUGAUAUGUUUAAUUCAAAUUUAAUAUUCAGUUGGAAAGAUAACAGCAUGUAAAUACAUUUCACAGUUUUCACUAAUAAAUUUUGUAAAAAAAAAAAAAACUGUUUUAGUACAUAUAUAUACAAAUAAUAAUAGUAUUAUCAUCUCACCAGUUUAACCAUCUUUCUGAAAUAAAAUUCUCACAUUCUUUUAAGUAAUGUCGUGCACACAUGUGAUGGAAAUAGAAAAUAUUUCUAAUUGGGAAGUCUGUCAUGUCCGCUAUUUAUUUUGCCCUGUCGUCAUGGAUGUGUCAAAUAUGAUUGGUUAGAAAAAUAUUUGCAUCACACAUCAGGGUAUUGUGAUCCGAGCAUAUAUGUACAACUUCAAACCUAAAAUCUACUAUGUUUAAUCAUGAUCCUGAAUUUUACAAAUUCUGUAAGAAUUUUUAUGACCUACAUUUAUGUUGUGCCGAAACAUUUUGAUUAUUUUUUUCAAACAUGGGUAUUAUUUAAACAUUUAUUUUUUUAUGUUGGGUCAAUAUAUGCUGACUCAGGUUUCGAUUCUAAUGCGUGGGAUUCAAUUUCAGAUCCAUCAAAUUGCAUACUUGUUACGAUAAUGCUUAUAAAACUACUACUUGUUUGUAUUCAAAUGUAAAACACAAUUUAUUUCCAAAAGUAAUUACAAAUGAUUUGAAUUAAGUGUAAUAACUGACAGCUUUAUCAAUCAAAGGUUCCCCAAUUUACUGGGGAACCUCUGAUUAAUGGGAGACAAAAUUCCUGUAAACAAAUAUGUUAUAAUACCUCUAAUAAAAAAUACAAAACUCAAGUUAGUCACAUGUCACUUUUGUUUAUAAACUUAUGCCAGUGUUUGAUUGACGUGUAGUACAUGAAGUUCGGAUUUGGUUUACGUAGUUGUGGUUUGUAUUGUUUAUAAUUUAAUAAGUUAAAAAUAUAGUUUUUUUUUGUUUGAGAGAGCGUGCAUUCUAAAUUUAGCAUAGAUUUUAGGCAAUUAACAGACAAAAAAUUAUUGUGUCUGUUUCAUUUUAAUGUAUCUUUAGAAAAAUUAUUUAGUUAUAGAGCUGUUUAGUUAUAAAGCUGUUUAUUUUUACUCAUAAAUUUAGCAUGUUAAAAUUUUUCACAGACAAUGUAGAUGUCUGUAAAAUAAUCAAAAAACUUUUUGACUUCUAAAAUGUUGUACGUCAUACAUAUCUAAUUUACUAACAUUAAAAACCUCCAUAUAGUUCUUGUAUACUCAUGGACUACCAAAGUCACUAAAUCAUAUGAAAAUUAUAUUUUUUAGAGCAUUUUUAUUAAUGUUUAGACAUUUAGUAUGUGUUAAUAGUUAUUUUUCAUUACUUUAUUAUUAAAAAAAUUGUAACAUAUGUUAUGUAUGUUAUGUGCUUUUAAAUAAAAUAAGUUUAUAAAAUGUUAUAUGGUACCUACAUUAUUGUUGGUUAAUUUCAAGUGCCAUAAAAAAUAAAUCAUUAAUAUUAGCAUAAUGUGUACCUACAAUGUUUUAUAUAAAGUUAUAUAAAUAUAGCAAUAAAUAUGCAAGAAAAAAUUCACUAAUUGCUAAGCAUUAGUCAAAAUAUAGUGGAAAUGUUAUGGUUUACUCUAAAAGUAAUUUGGAUUUUUUUUUAUUAUUUGCUGUAAUUAUUUUUGUGUAGUUUUGUACCCUUACUAUCAUUAUAAAACUACAUGAAUGUAUGACCAUGAAAACAAUAAACAAACUUAUAUUGUCAAAAUUUCUUAGCCAUGUUAUGUAAGUACCUGCAGUUGAACUUAAAAUAAUGUUAUAAACAAUUGAAGUCGUAUUUUUUUAAAAAUUGAAGUGUGAGCGAAAAAAGUUUUUUAUCUUCAGAACAAACAGGUUAGUUAGUUUGAUCAUGUGACCAUUCAUACAAAUACCCUUGGAAAACAUUAUGAAGUUUAAGUGCAUUUAGGUGGUGAUGUAAACAUUUUAUGCAUUGUUUGGCAUUUUGUUCUAAAGUCUAUGAAAAUGUACUGUUUAAUAAAUGUGUGAUUACUAGGGGCAUGUA